GCACGGCCUGUUCUUCCUUUCUGUUAGCUUCUCAGCCAUGGCGCCCGUUCAGAAGAAGCUGAACACCUGCAAAGGUGGGAAGAAGAAGAAGAAGCAGGUCCUGAAAUUCACCCUGGACUGCACCCAUCCUGUUGAAGAUGGCAUCAUGGACGCAGCCAACUUUGAGCAGUUUCUUCAGGAGCGAAUCAAGGUGAACGGGAAAUCCGGCAACCUGGGCAUGGGUGUGGUCUCCAUCGAGAGGAGUAAGAGCAAGAUUACAGUGUCCUCCGAGGUGCCCUUCUCUAAAAGGUACCUGAAGUACCUGACCAAGAAGUACCUGAAGAAGAAUAAUCUUCGUGACUGGCUGCGUGUUGUGGCCAACACCAAGGAGAGCUACGAGCUGCGCUACUUCCAGAUCAACCAGGAUGAAGAGGAGGAAGAAGAUGAAGAUUAACUUGACAAUUCAUCAAUUUUUGUACAUUUAAAUAAAUGUUGUUUACAGUACA